AUGCCUGCUCCUCAAUUACUUCUUGAUCAAUUUCCAGUGGAAAUUAUUUUCAACGUAUUCUCUUAUUUAUCUGCCAGUGAUAUUCUCCGAUCAUUUCAUGAUUUCAGUCGAUAUCUAAGACAAUGCAUUCGAAGUUAUGAUCAGUUCAAAGUCAACUUCAAAUCAAUAUCCAAGCGUGACUUUGAUUUCAUCUGGCAUGUUCUUCGUCCUGAUCAAAUUCUUACGUUGACAUUUUCGGACGAUGAAGAAACACCAGGUCAAAUCGAUUACUUCUUCACACUUUUCCCCGCCUUCGAUCAAACUUUUACUCGACUUGAACAUCUUCAGCUGCACAAUCCAGAUAAACUUUCGCACUGGCCACAAUUGAAAUGUCUUCACACUCUCACAGUUGACUUCAAACGCUGGCCACGUUAUUCUUUCGACUAUGAACAAUUGAAACAAUUCGAAAAUAAUCUCAUCAACAUCUUUCGCAUACCCACUUUGCAAACGCUUACUGUAAACAAUGAACUAUUAAACAUUGAUUGCAAUUUCCACGUUUUACCCGUGGCUGAACAACUUCAUCAAUUCAAAGUCCUCAUCCGAUCCAUCGAUCUUCUUCCGACUAUUUUCAACUCCACACCAAAUAUCCAUCGACUUAACCUUAUCUUAAAGUCAAGAUCGAUUGAAAAUGAUUGCAUAUCACACUUCGACGCGCCUCAAUCAUUAACUCACUUGACCAUUCGAGUAGCAUAUGGUCUAUGUGAGGAAAUCAAGAAAAUUAUCGAAGCAUGCAAAAGCUUAACUCACUUGAAUAUUCAUGUUGAACGAUUUCAGAAAGACAUUGAUCAAUGGACGGAUGGUAAUUGGUGGGAGAGAGUGAUCGAAGAGAAGUUAUGCAAAUUGAAAGUGUUUUGCUUGAAAAUCGAUGUUCCCGAUUGGUUUGAUAAAAUACUUCUGCAACAACGCCUUGCAGGUUUUCAAACAGAAUUUUGGGAGAAUCUUUCCUCGUUCACUAUUGAAAUCAAACCAUAUGAUGAAACCGCGGCAACUAUUUCAAAACAGCGGAUUGUAUCCAUCCAUUUGCCAAUUGCCGAAACAUCGAAUAAACCGUUACCUGACUUUCCCAAUGUGGAAACUUUACGAUUAGAAAAUAAGGAUGACCUUUCAAGACAUUACAUUGUGUCAGACAUCGCAGAACUGAAACAAAGCAUAAAUGGCUUAUCUCGAUUAAAGCACCUACAAUUGGACAAGCUAUGUUCAAUAACACCAUCUGUACUGAAUGAACUCUUGAGUAUUGCCCCACAACUGACGCGUUUAACAAUUUCAUCCGCGAAAGAUGAUAUAAAUCAACUAAUUCAAUCAACUUAUCUACAGAUCCGUUGGCUAGAUAUGAAACAGGAAUACGUAUUCAGUAAAUUCCGAGCUAAAUUUUGCUCUGCUUUUCCUAAUCUUCAACAUCUACUCAACUGCCGUGUGUAUACCGAAGAGGAUUUAGCAAUACUAGUUGAAAAUUUCAAACACCUUCAAAGUAUUACUGUUCACAACGUCACGUAUUAUUACGAUAGCGAUGAAGAGUUUGAACAAUGGUUGACGAAGCAUACUCCUCUCCGAGACUUUACAUUCAAAUUGAUUCAUCCACGUCUUGUACAUUUAUGGAUCGGUAACAGAUAA